AUGGCAAUGAACCAUCCAGUUACGGAUGAGAAAGUCCUGCAGGUCUGCAAGCUUCUGAACUCGCUGCCUACGAAAAUGACACCCAAGAUGUUCAUCUCCCGGUUUCUUCAAUCUGGCCAUUCGGAUCUGCCCCUACUCCGGGGCCAUUGGGCCGGCGAUAAAGGUAUUGACUCAACAAUGGAGCUAGUUGGGACCUUGCGGAAUGUGAUUACUAAGACAAGUAUUGGUCAAUCUGCGUGGAACACCUUCAUCGAGGCUGAGGCGAUUUCCAUUCUGGUGAAGCAGGAACCUCCAAGGGGCAACUAUCCUAAUGGUGGUUUCCAUAGCUCUUCUACAGUUGGUGAAGAAUUCUUCACUCCAGAAGCAAAGGAAGAGCACGAGAGGCAGCUGACCGUCCAACAUAUGCCGUUCCUCUAUAACAUUUUGAUGGGGAUGCUCAAACGGACUGGCUGCAAAGCGUCAAUAGAUGAGGAGGAAGAGCUUGCAUUUGCUAAUAGUGCUGCAGCCACCAAAGUUAACGUGGACACCGAGGUUACCAUGGAUUCCGAGGACUCUGAGAUCAACGUUGAUCCAUUGACGGUUCCUGAGGAGGUAUCCAACAUGUUCUAUGAGCUGGUACCUAUGUCUCAAGAUCGUUUUCAUCAGCGAUCACAAAGGAUUGCCACCACUGUUACCUCCAUGUUGGCGUUUGCUCGGAAUCGUCGUCAAAACGGCCUUCAGCUCCAUAACUCCGUCCGUUUUUUUUCAACUGGGAUUUCGGAACGAGUACAAGAAUACCUCAACUAUAUUGGUUUAUCAUCCGCUCGUAGUACCGGGAUGGCUGCAUUGGAAACACUAGCAAAGGAGAGUGCCGACACCCUGAAGGAGGUUGUGACUAACCAUACAACCCUGCCAAUUGCCCCAUCCAUUUGCAUUGAUAAUAUCGAUAUAGAGCAACGAGUGCACCAGUCCUCAGUUGGUGUCCAAUCAAGCACAUUCCGAGGGACCUGGGGAUACAUUCAUCUCCCGGAUAAGAAGCUAUUAGAAAAACUAGACUUAUCGGAGAUCAAUUUGGCCGCUUACAACCACUCCCUCAAGACUGUUGCAUCCAUGGAAAUCGAACCUCACAUGUUUCUUCCCACCGAGGCAGAGGAGAAGAUUGAAAUUAAGGUCUGGAAAUCUCAAAUCGCAAGGGUUUUACAUCAGUACAUUGCUACGCCCAUCGACAAGGAAUCUGCAAACCCUAUCGACCCACCAGUUGUUGAGCAGAUUAGCCAUGAGGCACCGAAGCUGCAUAUGUUGAAGCUGAUGGAUGCUUCAGACAACUCUGCAGAAGGGGUUGGUCAGGUCUUUAGGCACAUCAUCAAACAAAGCGGGCUCUCGGUUAAGGAUUUUUUUGGUCGGUUUCAGCCAAUGGACGGAGACCUUGGUACGGUUCAGAACUUCAACUGCCUCCGAAGUCAGCGGUCCCCCAGCUCGGUCCCUCAGAACCGCUUGGAUAAUAUUUUAUUUCAGCUGGGGGGUUCACAUACCCUUUGGAAUGUGGCUUCUACAAUCUUUACUCAUCACUUUGGGGAACCAACUGACAUGACUAAUUGUGGUGCAUGGCAGCACCUGGAGGCCCUCGGUUUCCCAUCUGAAAAAGCAAUUCAAAAGAAGGAUUUCACCCUUAUGGUGAACCAGAUGGAACGAAUAUUUGAGGCCAUGGCACGUAGUGAAGCAGCUGGCCAGGAGUGUCCAAAGCUCAGCAACACAUUGUUGCAAUUGCAUGAUUUCUCCACUGUUGUGGAAGCCAAACGAUCAAUGAGGGCUGGGGAUGUGGGUCGACUGUUGUUGAUAUGGAAAAAGUGGUCGUUAAUGUCUCAAGCGCUCCGGGGGAUUACAAACUAUUCAUCAUACCUCCCCAGAAUGGUACUCCUCCUGACAGUUAUUAGUCCACCAUCAAUGAGUACAUACUUGAAGCAUAACUUGCUAUUCUCCCCAACUGGCCGGCGUAACCACUUUGUUGCAAAAGACCAAUGGCUAGAGGUGCAAAAUUACUGGCUUAAAUUCUUGUUCAACCGGAGUGGAAAUGGAACUAACAUCGAUCGACUCCGAGAUUUACUGUCACCAAACAUCUUCUUGCUCCAGCGGAUGUUUCAUUCACUCAAGCAAGACUGUGGGGCCAAGCUUGUCCGACAGUCACACAAGAACAUCCUCCCAGAAAAUUCAAUUCUGAUGUUCACGCAGAUGGCUAACAAUCGAGAUAUUCUAUCUCAAUAUUCAAAUAUCACAGACAAAGUAAUCAAGAAAGUAGAUAACACAUACGUCUUGGGCAUUAAAAAAAUGAAGAAGACACUAGCUCAACAAGGGAAUGAGCUAGUCAAAUUCAAAAAACAUAUACUACACAUCAACACUGAGAAUGAGAUGGGUCAUGCAGAUGAGGGUGACGAAGAAGAACCAAGGUCGGCAGAUAUGUAG